UCAUAAACCCCAAACCACAUUUUCUGGUAGGAUUCUUGGAUUCACUAUAUAUGCUUAUUCAAUGAGGAGAACCUGACUUCUACCACUGCGCUGUGUCGCAAGAAUGUCUCGAAUCGGACGGAAUAAUGGAGGGUUAACCUCGAAACCUGGAUGGAUUGGUGCAGUAGCACGCUCUUGGGAGGUAAAACUAUUCAAACAUAUGUAUAUGUAACCACCUAAAAUUCUAUUAUAGAAAAGCUAUGCGCCAGAUUAUCUUGGUUUUGUAUUGCUAUUGACGGCAUACAUCUUGGUAACUUUCUAAUCCAUCUCCGCCUCUAUUAUACAUGUACAAGUUCUAAUCAAUUCCCUUCUGUUCAGAUCGAAUUUCUUCAAGAGCCGUUCCACCGCAUGUUCUUUAUCAACAACAUCAAUAUUCAAUAUCCACAUGCCUUAGUGGAAAGAGUAUCUGUUUGGUGGAAUCUGAUUUAUGCAGGAGCCGUUCCAUGCAUAACUUUAGCCCUCUGGUUGGGGAUUUCCAGGGCGAACCUUCAUAAAUGCCAUAUCACCAUGCUUGGGUUUCUCAUUGGGUUGGUUCUUACAUCAUUCAUUACAGAUGUCAUCAAAAAUGCUGUUGGGAGACCUCGACCCGAUCUAAUCUCGCGCUGCAAACCUGCACCAGGAACACCAGAAAAUAAGCUAGUGACCAUAGAUGUAUGCACGGAAAGAGAUCACCAUACGUUGCAUGACGGGUGGAGAAGUUUUCCUUCGGGCCAUUCUUCAUUUGCAUUUGCUGGACUUGGAUACCUCGCAUUUUUCUUCGCUGGACAAACACAUGUCUUUAGACCUAGGACUGACCUUGGAAGGGUACUCUUAGCUCUUGCUCCUUUGCUUGGAGCUGCCAUGAUUGCGAUAAGUCGAUGUGAAGAUUAUCGGUAAGCUGGAUUGCCAUCGAGUUCCAAUGAAAAGUACUAACACUAUCAUAGUCACGAUGUAUAUGAUGUUACAUGUGGAUCCAUUCUCGGCAUUUCUCUCGCAUAUUUCUCAUACAGAAGGUAUUUUCCAAGGCUACAUUCAUCUAAAUGUCAUGAGCCUUACCCGUCACGGGAAGCUGUAUUCAACCAAGGGUUUGGAAAGAUUAAGAACGACGAAGAGACAGAAGUAGGGAGGGCCAUAGAGUCUGAUAUAUCAGACAACGAGAGUGAUGCAUCCUAAAUUUUUGAAAAUUAUAUCAUCAUCGAAGCGAAUUUCCAUGUCGGACAUAUUUCCCUGUUCUUGAGCCUAUGGAUUGUCUGACUUUGAUCUACGAUUUACCGCAUUUGGGGAAUAAGUGACUCCCUUUCACUCUCUUUGUGUGUUUUGAACAAUUCUUCGAGAAGACUCGUGGAAACCUUUGAGGUCAUUAUGGCUGUAAUUUUCCUUUGUCUCAUGGAUCUUGAUUUCACCCAAAAAAUUAUAUGAUUCCUCUGCUAUAUC